AUGUCGAAUAUGGUCGAUUCCACGAAGAAUACAAAUAGCAGUCAUAAGAAGAGUUAUGAUGUAACUGAUUUAUUCCUUUUUCAUAAGGAAUCGAUCGGAAAUUGGGCCGCUGAAGUUCCAUUAACCUCUGUUACCCAGGAAAUAGCGGUAAAUGAUAAUGAUAGUAACAAAGAUCAUUCGAACGUUCAUCGAGAGACUUCUGUCGAUCAUUCAACUACCGUGUGUAAUGAAUCGCGACACUAUGAAUUGCGCGUCUCCAAUAUUAAUUUUUCAUCAACUAGUGAAGAUUUGUUUUAUUUUUUUGGUGGUGAUUCUUCGGUUGCGGAGGUUCAUUUGCAUAAAAAUAAGGAAACGGGUUUAAAUAGUGGCAUUGCGAAUAUAAUAUUCAAAGACGAUGAAGCUAUGGAGCACGGUUUUAAAUUAAAUGGAGUUACAAUGAAUGGUCGACCUCUUCGAGUUUCUCGAGUCCAGUAUAAUCAAAAUCGAACCAGAUAUGAUAGUCGUGGAAGCUAUUCUGAAAAUUAUAAUGCACCUCGAAAUAAUGACUGGUAUUCAACCUAUCCAGGAAGGAGAUCGAAUAAUAAAUUUAAUGCUGGUCGAUCUAUCUCAGAUAAGCUAAAUCAGCAACAAGGAUUCCAUAAGAAUGAGAAUUUCAGUAGUUAUGCACCUCGAUCUAAUCGGGAAAAUUACAAGAAACCGAAUAGUGCAUAUGUGAAUACUCCACGAUAUAAUUAUUAUAGCCAAGGUUAUUACCAUUUAAAUCCAUCACAAACUUCAUAUAAUGGGAACAGGCGUUUACCGUUCAACAAUAGCAGAGAUGAUUUUAAACAGCGAUCAGAAAGUGGGAAUGAGAACUCGAAGAAUUUCAAUAGACGUGCACAAUGGGUAUCUGUUCGUAUGUUUUUCUGGUUCUGUUCUUUCUUCUCUUCUACUCGACCUCAUACUAAUCAACCAUCUUGUUACAUAGAUUUUUUUUGGAUAAAUUUUAUUGAUGAUAGUUCUAUCAGUCCUAGAGUGCUACCAGAGCGUAGUGAAAGGCCAAAAUUGAACCUGGAGCGUCGAACCAAACCACUAGAUUCUGCAAAUGAACUUCCUGCUCGUCCCAAAAGCAUUUUUGGUGAUGCGAAACCUAUAGAUACAUCGGAAAUGGAAAGAAGGGCUGAAGAACUUUUACGAUUGGAAGAUGAAGCGUUAAGAAAAAAGGAUUCGACAUCGAGCAAGGUUGGUACGGCCCAUCGAACUGAAAUGAUUUUUACUGCAAAAUCAUUCCAUGAUUCUCGAAAUACAUUAGUGAAACAAGCUUCAGCUACAGAAGUUUCUUGCUCCUUACCACAAACAAUCUACGGAAAAUAUUCAAAGCGGACUAUGUCUCAGCCCCUCAUAGAAUAUUCUGUUGUUGAAAUAGAAACGUCCACUGUCCUUCCUCCUCUUUCUGAAGCGCAACCUGCUAUCUUAUCUUUUCCUAAUACUUCACAUUCCAUUGAUCAAACUAGACCUAUCUCUGAGUGUAAGCUGGUUUCAUCCGAAACAGAUCCGUUAUCGUCAACCACUUCCGCCUUUAAAUAUCCCUUGCCUUCUAUCGCUACUUCUUCUUCAGUCGAAAAUAUGCAUUCCGGUAAAACAUCAUCAGCUACGUUGCCCCGCGCUGGUAAAAGUUAUCGAACAUUUACUCGUUCUCGUGAUUCAAAUCGGUCUUCGAUGGAUCAGAGCAUGAGUACUUGUCGAGAAGGCGAGUAUGGAAGUAACGUGCGUCAUACUGGACGUGGUGGACGUAUCUUACAUGUCCCUUGUCGGAAUAAACGACAUGAGAACGAUGUCCAGAAAGUACUAAAUGAAAGUUCAUCCACAGGCCAUCAAGAAAAGACGAUUAGAAAAAAAGCUGCGAAAGAAAACUCACAAAAAUUGCCAACAAGAGAAAAAGAAAAGGAAAAAAAGAAGGACACCAUGCCGAAAUUUGUUGAACCACCACCUAUUAAUUUUUCAUCUAAAAAUAAAUUCGCUUAUUUACAAGAAACGGACGAAUGA